AUGCGUCUGGCGCAACUCCCGGGCGGCGGCGCCAGAGCGCUCGCGUCCUCGGGCGCGAUGCACGCGCUGAUAAACUGCCGCGCGAUCGACGCGUACGCGUCGGACGCCGCGGGCGACGCCGCGGCGGCGGCCGCCGCGUCGGCGGUCCACGCCGCGGCGGCGAGACGCGCGGAGCGAGAGCGCGAGUACGGCGUCGUCGCGGGCGCCGACGGGAUCUAUUCCAUCGCGUCCUACGACGGCGACCUCGACGCGUUCGACCUCCCUCGAGACCCCGCGGACGUCGCCGCCGCCGCGGCCGCCGCCGCCGCGUCGCCGAUCGCGCCGCUCCCGCUGCCUCGCGCGCGGCACCACGCCGUCCUGGUCCCCGUGUUGCGGCUGGCGGGGACGCUCGUCAACGCGCUCGCGGAUUCGCCCGAGACGCGCGCGCAGGGCGUCGCGUUCGUCGCCGCGCAUCAUCGCGUCAUCGACCGCAUCCUCGCGGACCGCGCGUCCAGCGCGCACCUCGCGGACCUCGCCGAGCUCGAGGCGGCGGUGACGCUGUGCGCGCGGCUCGUCACGCGGCGCGUGCCCGCGGGCGCGGCGACGGGCGUCGGCGCCGACGGCGCGACGACGCGCGAACGCGCCGCCGUCGUGGAGACGCUGACGCCCAAACUGGACGACCUCACGUCGCGGCUGUGCGAGGGCGACGGCAAGUACGACGCGUUCGUCGCCGCCGCGUCUCCGGAGGGCUCGCCUAGCGCGUGCACGAGCUCGAGCGUCGUGACGCGAAGGGUCGCGAUCGCGACGAGAGGCGCGCGCGCCGCCGUCGGCGGGCUGUCGCCCGCGGCGGCGGCGGCGGCGGCGGCGCGGAUGGAGCGAUCGCUUCGCGCCGUCCGCGCCGCGCUCGUCUCGACGCAGCUCUCGCUCGCGGAGCAAGGCCGCGCGACAUUCGCGGCGCUGCCGCCUCCGAACGCCGCGGCGAGCGCGUUCUGCGACGAUCGACGCCCGACGCUGUCGUUGUUCACGCGGCUGACGGCGCGGUGCGCGGAGGAGACGCGAGAGGAGACGGAGGCGCGCGCGCGGCUUCUGCGCGGGCUCGCGAGCGACGGCGCGUCCGCGGCGUCCGCGGCGGUCGCCGUGGACGCGCGCGGCGGGUUCAGCGGCAGCGCGGAGUUCGCGGCGGCCGCGGCGGCCGCGGCGAUCGAGGCGGGCGCGUCGCCGACGGAUCCGUUCGCGAGCUCCGGGAGCGCGUUUCGCGGCGCGCCCGUCGCGGCGGCGGCGGCGGCGGCGGCGGCGGCGGUCGGCGCGCGCGAGCGCGGGAUCCGCGCGCUGACGCACACGAUCGAGGCGUCGCUCGAGCUCGUGCUGUCGCGCCUGUGGGAGCACCACCCGAGCGGCGUGACGUUCCCGGGGCAGACGAGAGGCGCGUUCGGGUGGAGCGGCGACGGCGGCGGCGGCGGCGGCGGCGGUUUCGGGCUCGGGCUCGGGCGCGCCACCCCCGGCGGGGGGUUCCACGCGAGGUCGCCCGGCGGCGGUUCGAGCCCCGGCGGCGUCGAGUACACGCUUCGAGAGAUCCAGGAGCUGUCCGCGGUGUUGACCCCCGCGAUCGCGACGCUGACGGCGCUGGAAGAGCGCGAGGAGACCGGCCGGUCGGUCGACGCCGGCGGGAGACUGCGGACGCUGGUGCGUCGGACGCGAGACACGCUGCUCGCGGCGGCGCCCCCGGAGGCGGGCGCGCCUCCGUCGCUGCUGUUUACCUCUGGCGCGAAGGACGGAGGCGUCGGCGUCGGCGCGGGCGCGACGACGACGUUCGGAGGGUUCGACGCGCGAGGCGGCGGCGGCGGCGCGAGGUCGCCUCUGAACGAGAACUCGCCCAGGGCGCCCGCGCCGAGGUUCGGGCUGUUCCACGCGCAGUGA